AUGAUGCUGCUGAACCGUUUCUUUUAUCUUCUGGCUUUGCUACUAAGUGUGGCAAUUGUCUCUGCUGUGGCGUCUGAAGUGAAACUCGAGCCUCCUCCCGCUAAAGUUCCCGACGCACCAAAAGAGGUGGUUCCUGAGAAAACAGUACCUGUUCUUCCUCCUAAAAAACCCGAAGUUCCUCCGGCUAAAGUACCCGAAGUUCCUAAAAAGCCUGAAGAUAGGGAAUCUGAAGCUCUAAAUCAACAUGGAGCUACUGGUCCUUCUGGUACUCGUGGUACUUCAAGUGAUGGUGGUCCUGGUGCUGCUGAUGCUUCUGGUGGUAUUCCAGCACUUGGUGAUUCUGAACCUACUUCAGUUGCCGCUGAGGCUGUUCCUGGAGGUAAAGGCCAAAAUGAAGACAGUGUCAACAAUGCAGCAGGAAGAAGUGCAGAUAGCCAAGGAAGUGGAACACCACAAGCUUCUUCUUCUUCUUCCAGCAGUUCAACCACAGGGAGUGCCGGAGCUGCGGAUACUGAAACAACUGAAAACGCCACUCCAUCUGCAGAGAGUGCAUCAACAAGUACCCAAAGUGAGGGAGGAAAUACAGAAACCACCUCUACCACCACCACCACAACAACAACACUUCCUCCUGAACCUGCAAACAACAAGAAGGGUGAUGCAGACAGCAGCAGCAGUAUCAACAGUUCUGUGUGGGUGCGUGUGCCACUACUGAUUGUGGUUACACUGGCCUGUAUUCUUGUGUGCUGA